GACAGUCGUGAUUCCACUUUUGUCAGAGGGGAAUCCGUGAGCAUCAACGAAAAAGUACUUUUUGUUUCUUAAACAAAUUUGAUAAAAUGGGAGGUACAAGUUCUGAGCCCAUGGACUCAAUUGUAGUAAAAGAACCAGUGCGGAUACCUGAUAGCAAGCUGAUCGAAAAGGUGGAGAAAGAUCCUCUAAUCACAGAGAAGCCAGAGGACGUACGUUUAAUCUCCGGCGAGUCACACACGUUUCGUGUUGCGUAUCAGGCUGACCACCAGGUGAAUAUCACUUUGAGAGCAAGGAAAUUUGACGGAACUCCAAUCAAAGGAGGACCACGGAGCACAAAUGGGUGUCAGAGAAAUGCCUACUUUUCUUUUGACAUCACACAAGCUAAAAGCCACCACAGCGGAAGAUACACCGUGGAAAUCUUCGACCCCUCACUUCCAAAACGACAUGGUGCCAAUCCAGCGGUGGUAUCCUGUAGCGUACGUGUUGAAGACUCUUCUUGGUGUGCUUUUUCCUGAGAAUGCAGAAAGAGGUUUCCCAAACUUGGAGCCCAAGACUUCAUGUCUACCGACCUAGGUGUUGAACAUAUCUACGUCACUGCAGUUUUAUAGUAUAGGACAAGCCUGUAGACUUGUUUUUGUUUGCAAAGAAAAAACUCCGAUUUAAAUCACUUUUAAAACAGUAUUUUCCCGCAAUUUUGGAAAGAAAUAUUCCAUGUAUGUGUUACAACAGGGGUACGAUUUAACAAGGAGCUUCGUGGCCUUAGAUCUAGGUCUUGUUAAAAAGUUUUACAAAGCAGUUAUACGCAUGCCGAACAGAAACGUCACUAGAAGUGUCGAUUUUUAAAUAUACUAUAUUGACAUUUGGACAACACUUUAAUUGCCAGAUUCGUGUGCAAAUCCUUCUAAUGGCUCUCUACUAGUUAUUCUUAUAUUCAGUUAACAAGUC